AUGAGGGUCACGUUAGGUUUUCCGUUAAAAAUCGCCGAACACGGUUUAUCAUCUUCUGAUGUGGAUGGCAUUAUUUACGUGUCAUCGGAUUCACAAAUAACCGAAAAUUCAAGUUCGGUUAGAUCAUAUUUAAAACCGUAUGAAGAAAUCGACGAUUCAUUUAAUUCUUCAGUUAGUGUUUUACCUGUGAAUCUUCCCGCUGGUCGUCUUGUUUAUUCUCCAGUAUUAAAUUUAACAGAUUAUGAUGAUGUUAGAAGUUAUGCUGAAGCAGCUUCGAGGGGUGUUAAAAGAGCACUAAAAGCAGGUAUUAAAAAUCCUCUUUUAGUUUUACCCAAAAGUGAAAGAUUCCCAGAGAGUCAACUGACUACACUGUUGGGAGCAUUGGAAGCAUUAUAUGUUGUAAGUAGUAUACAUAUCAUCUAUUUGUGCCUACUGAUAAGUAUAUUGAAUAAUUCUCGAUUGAAGUCCUUUAUUUGGAGUCAAAAUGAAAACUCUCUCUCUGAACUUGUCGCUUUGGGUCAAAUCCUGGAAGCUGGAAGACUCGUUUGUCGUGAUAUCGGUGGUCCAGAUCCAGAAAGAAUGUCCGCCAUUCGUGUUGAAGAAUACGUUCGAAACGUAUUUAAAAAUUCUAAUAUCGAGAUGACGGUCGUGAGCGAUUUGGACGUGCUAGCAAAAGAAUAUCCAUUAUUUGCUGCGGUUAAUAGAGCAGCCAGCGUGAUCUCGAGGCAUUUAGGACGAAUUAUUUAUUUGAAAUACGAACCCGAGGGAAACAUUACCCGAACUCUGGGCGUCGUGGGUAAAGGUAUCACUUACGACACGGGUGGUGCCGAUAUAAAAAUUAACGGUUUAAUGGCGGGAAUGUGUCGGGAUAAAUGCGGAGCUGCUUCCGUUGCAGGAUUCAUGCAUAUCGUUUCACAAUUGAAACCGAAAAAUAUUCGCGUCAUCGGUGCUUUGUGCAUGGCAAGAAACAGCGCAGGUGAAAAUGCAUACGUUUCUGACGAAGUCAUAACGGCACGUUCGAAAGCAAGAGUCAGAGUUAAUAAUACCGAUGCUGAGGGUAGAAUGGUCAUGGCUGACGUUUUAUGCAAGGUAAAAGAAGAUGUUUUAAAGUAUGAUAACGUUCAUUUGGUGACUAUAGCCACAUUGACGGGACACGCGGAACGUUCUGUCGGCCCAUAUUCGAUCGUAAUGGACAAUUCGGUUGCCAAAGUGAAUAAAGAAAGUCAAAAAAUACAAGAAGCUGGAACUUGUUUGGGAGAUCCAUUCGAGAUAAGCGUAUUGAGACGGGAAGAUUUUAAAAAUCACAAAGGUUGUUGGGAAGGUGAUGACGUAAAUCAAUGUUCUAACGAUUCUGCUUCGAAAGCCAUGAGAGGUCAUCAAGGACCAGGAGCUUUUCUUAUCAUGGCUUCGGGUUUAGAUAAGCACGGUUUGAAUUCUUCGGCACCUUUGAGUUAUUCGCACAUAGACGUUGCUGGUUCUGCUGGUAAAAUACCCGAAGAACCAACAGCAUCAUCCGUAUUGGGCUUAUAUGCGGCAUACAUAAAAGAAUUCGUUUGA